AUGUCACACUCUAGUAAUGAAACUACUCACAAGAUGAACGAACAAACUGAUGAAUGUCGGCUUACUGAGUUGUCAAUAGCCAAUCUACAGACUGUAAAAAAAAAGGGGGCAGGAAUUCUGAGCAAGAACCCACCAAAAAUACAGAGAUUUCUUUUUGAUACAUUGCUGUAUGAAAUGGUUUUCAGGAAAGUAGUGGGUUUGAUGAUGGGGUGUUUGGGCUUGUCAAAGCAGCCUACAAGACCUGCCCCUUGUGCUGAAAAUAGUGAAUCUCUGCAAAUUGACCAAAUAAUUUGUAAUUCCCCAAGGAUCAGACUGAGUGAUGGAAGGUUUUUGGCUUACAGGGAGAGAGGUGUCCCCAAGAACAAGUCCAACUAUAGAGUUAUUGUUGUUCAUGGCUUUGGCAGCUCCAAAGAAAUGAACUUUAUGGCAACCCAAGAAAUUUUGGAUGAGUUGAGUAUAUAUCUUUUGCUAUUUGAUCGAGCUGGAUAUGGUGAAAGUGAUCCAAAUCCAAAAAGAUCAUUAAAAAGUGAGGCAUCUGACAUAGAGGAACUAGCCGAUAAGUUACUAUUAGGAUCCAAAUUCUACGUAGUUGGAGUCUCCCUUGGAUGCUAUCCAGCCUGGAGUUGCCUCAAGUGUAUACCAAACAGGCUAGCAGGUAUUUCGCUUGUGGUUCCAUAUAUAAAUUAUAAAUGGCCAUCUCUUCCUGCUGAUUUGACUAAGGAUGACUAUAGGAGGGGGCUUUCCCGGUGGAUGUAUAUAGUUGCACGCUAUGCUCCUGGAUUAUUACAUUGGUGGCUGACUCAGAAGUUGUUUCCAUCAUCUACUGUCCUUGACAGAAACCCUGCAUUUUUUAGUAACAAAGACUUGGAGGUACUGAAGAACACACCUGGCUACCAAUUGCUCAGUGAGAACAAGCUAAGGGAGCGAGGUGUGUUUGACUCACUACGCCGUGACUUUAUGGUUGCUUUUGGAAAGUGGGAUUUUGAUCCCAUGGAUUUAUGCAAUCCAUACCCUGAAAUGGAAAGUUCAGUUCAUAUAUGGCAAGGUUACGAGGACAAGGUCGUGCCAUUUCAAUUACAAAGAUAUGUCUGGAAUAAACUACCUUGGAUUAGAUAUCAUGAAGUUCCUGAUGGAGGCCAUUUACUAGUUUAUGAUAGUGCAGUAUGUGAAGCCAUCUUGAGGUCUCUUUUAAUUGGAGAAGAUUUUCCUUUGUACAGACCUCAAUAA